AUGUUUCGAACACCGGAAAAAUGCAAUUCUGAUUCCAACCUGCCUAAGAUCCCCGACGACAAAGAAACAUCGCCUCCCAGUUUUGUCAGCUCACGAAUUAAGAGAAAGCGCUCCGAAGAAAUUCUGACUGAUUUAGUGGACUUUAAGGCAGAAAUGAAGGAGAUGAUUACUUCAUGGAUGGAUCAGCAAAACAGCGAAAGAACAGAAAUAACAUCUGCGUUGAGAUCCAUAGAGAAAUCACUGACCUUUCUCUCAACCAAAUACGACGACAUGUGUAAAAAAGUGGACCUUAUGGAGCAAGAGAGGCAUAAACAGAAGGAAUAUAUUACUAUACUUGAAAAUAAGGUGGAAAAUAUCAUCAAAACCCAACGUAAAUGUUCAAUUGAACUGAAAAAUGUCCCAAGCUCGGAAAAGGAAUCCAAAGAAAUGUUGUUGAGCAUGGUAAGCAAUUUAUCUACAUCACUUAAGGUCAAUAUACAAAGUAAUGACAUUAAGGAUAUAUACAGGACGACCAUAAAGGGCGAUAAAAAGCCUAUUGUUGUCGAAAUGUCAACUUAUGUCCAGAAAAUGAACAUUACGAGCGCCGCUAAAAAGUACAAUAACCAUAAUAAGAAUAAUAAAUUAAAUACCUAG